UUGUGACGCGAGCAGCCGCGUCGAAGAACCAUCUCUACUUUGUUCCGACGGUGCAGCUUUAUCCCUUAUUUUUCCGACUGUUUGUUUGAUUGCCAAGCAAAACUGAUUGAAAAUGGGCGCCGGGAGCUCGCGCCCGGACGGGGAGUCCGAUAUCCUGCAUUUAGAAUUAAACAGCUACGAGAUUACCGCCAGUCAGAAGUCCCACCCCCCAGUCUCCAUCACCGGCAAAGUCAACAUCAUCCUGGAUCCCGACGCGAGUGAGAUCAAGGAGUUGAGGAAGUUGAUCGAGCGGGACCCGACGGCCUUGCAGCUCUUUAUCGCGUUCCACGGGAUAGAAACGCUCCAGACCGCGAAUGGAAGCACUGACUAUCCACAGUAAAUUUCCCGUACACGUACAAAUGCGGUCUCUGCAUGACAAAACUUGGCUUCGAUCCUAGUUUAGCAUGGCAAGUUUUACGCUCCAAAUUGGUAGAAUUUGUGAUGCAUCUUGUACAUGUACGGGAAAUUUGUAUUGCAUACUGACGCGACAAACACGAUAAUCAACCUCGAGCACAAGGUGGACUACGAUUUUGGGAACCUGUUAUUGGUGAACAAGCAAAACAAAAAUCGGAGGAAAACGCACUACGCGACGAAGGGUAACACUAAUGUGGAGAAAUACUCCAUCCCCUUUUCGUUCCCCUUACCGCAAAACCAAAUUUUACCCGGUUCGACCUUUUUCUCGUCUGUCGAACAGGGGAUAACGAAGGCCGCAAUCGAGUACAAAGCGAGUGUGGAGUUGCGUGGACCGGUCAACGGGACAAGUCGGGCAACGCAGGUGGUUGGUGGUAGUUCUACCGCUCAGACGGAUAAGUCGGGGAACGUAACGUAUGAGAAAGCGGCUGUACCAAUCAACGUCCACGAGAAAUUGCCAGUGAAACUGUUGAAGCCGGUGGCUGCUGGAAGAUCUUCAAGUGCGGGAGGUGAUAAAGCAGAUUUCACCAACCCCGUGUACAGAAACACCGUUUUGGCUUUGACACAAGACGGUAAAACCGCCAACACAGUGUUCGACGAAGAUGACAUGGUCGGGAAGCCGCUCGGCCGGGACUUAGUAGAAGCGUCGGAGCACAAGCAAACUUGCUGCUCCAGGACUUUUUUCUGCUGCGCGGGAAGAAAUAAUACCAAUGCACAAAAUGCAGCUAUCAAAACGAAGAAACAGAUCGAGAAGGAGAACACAGUGGUACUCGAAUUCACGAAGGUUCUAAACCCUAUUAAACAAGGGGACUCGAUACUACUGGAAGUCCAGAUUUUGAUGGAUGGAAACGCGGACAGGAAGCAGCAGGGGACAUCAAACAAGGGCGCAGAAGAGGCGAAACCCCUAUUGGGGAAGAACAAAAAUGGCCCGAAGAAACGGCUACCGAAGAUUCAGAUGGAAGUGUGGUAUCAAAUGCAAAAAUGUCUGGGUCUGGAAGAAUGCAAGUUUGUCAUGCUUGUCGAGCAUGACUCGAGAAUCUGUGUUGCGUAGGCACGAAGAGGCGCUCUUACCUGUCAUGCAAAAACGCAGUUUGCCAUGCGGAAUACCUAGGACAUGGGAGCCAAAAAAAUUGUCAUGCAUAGCUGCGUAUUGCAGUGCGUCUCCCAUUCACUUUUAGCAUUACAAGUUUCCAGACCCAGACAUAUUUGCAAUGCAUAUGUGGCGGCUGAUCACGAUUUUCCAACCAGAAACGAAGAACGUGAUCCGAAACCAGGAGGUCAUUUUUCGGGACGAAUUAUCCAAGAAAAAAACACCAUCACGAUCACAUUUAGGAGGUUUUGCAUCAAAAAUUUGUGUCGCAUGACAGAUUUUUCUUGUAUUGCAAAAACAUAAAGGAAAAUCGCCUUGAGCUCUUGACUGUCAUGCAUUUCUGCGCAUGACAAAAAUUUUUGUAUUGCAAAAAUGUGCAAAAGUGAUUGUGAUGGUGUUUUUUUCUUGGAUACGAAUUUCCGGAAACGGAAGUUUUCAACAACAUGCGGGAGGAGGUGCUGCUGAAACUGAAUCUUUUUCAGGACAACCAGAAUGCUGGUGAUGACACAACAACAGCUGCUCAGAAGAAAAACAAGAAAAACGCGUCAGCACAACCGACAGGAGCUUCCCAACACAACUUCAGCGAGUCUGUCCCGCCCUCCUCUGCGAGUGGGAAAUUAGUUCAGAUCGAGUACCAGAUUGUUGCGAAAACGAUUGACCAAGCUGCAUUCGCUGCUUCGAAGGGCAAAGAGCUCCAAACGAAGCUUUUACCAGCAAACGAGAAGCAGCUUUCCGCUUAUCUCUGGCAGUUUCCUUGCGUAAUUGUGCCGCGGAGGAUGGCGAAGGGGAGCAAACUGUCCGACCAAGCAGAGCAGCUGGAAUCGAUUUUGCUCCCCGCGGCGAUUUUUCACCAACAGGGGCACAUGAUCACGUCUGCCAUGCCGGGGUUUGACGGGAUGGCGAGCGAUUUUAACUCCGUAGCAGCGGACGACUUGUAUGACUAUGGGAAGAUGGGCACAACCAUGAACAAUUACGGCUACGACAGUGAGAACGGUGUCCCUCUCUCCGCCGCACAGGCAUUUGACAUCGCGUUACUGCAAGGACACAACCAGGAAAUCAUGUCGGGUUUUUACGAAUCCGUCGACACUGGGUUGCCAAGAACGAAAUCCUACAGAAACGACCAGAAUUCUAUUUCUGGAGCACGACAAAUAAGUGGCGGCUCUACUUCAAAUUCUCCGCUGGCUGGAAACCUUCCAGCGACGAAACGAACCAGUGGAAAGACGACCCAGAACAUUUCCGUCAACGCGGGGCUGUACCAGUCGAGCCCGAAUAAUUCGCCGAAGCAACAGUCAAACAAUUCCUCCCGGAAAAACUCGAAGCAAAAUGUAAUUGCAGCAACAGCAGCAGCAGUACCAGCACCCACAACGACGGGCAGAAAUAGCAACAGCCGGAUCCUGGACGUCCGGGGCCCGCAGAAUUUGCCGAAAAAACCGCAAGUAUCAAAUGUAAAAAUGUCUGGGUCUGGAAGAAUGCGCGAUUUGUCAUGCUGCUUUUCAAUGACCCACGAGGUCUGGAAUGCAGGACCUAGCGUGACAGAUUUUGCGAGACCUUUCUAAUGCCUAUCCUGCAUGAGAAACUACCUCCUGACUUGGUCAAAACUGGACGACUUUUGGUAAUCAUGCAACGCAGAUUUUUGCAUGCUGCAGAUUUAGCAUGACAAGUUGCAUUCUUCCAGACCCAGAUAUUUUUACAUUUGAUAACAAGCGUAUGCGAACCAAAUGAUCGAAUCUGCGGAGUUCGGCACCCCAACAAGCGUCUUGGGGUCGCUGCAGUCCUACUCUUAUCCGGAUGCAAACUAUUCCGAUGGAAUGGUAAAUCUCAACUCGUCACUGCAAACCGGGCAUUUUGGCGCCGACGCGCAGUCCAACUUGCCGCUUGGGCGGCAGGGCAGAAACAGCGAGGAGGAGAUGUUUCCUUUUGUCCCAACGGCGAACAAUCUGGCCGUUUCAUCUUCAAGUGGGAGAGGAGGUACUAGCAGGAAACUAAAGGCUGCACUGGAUAAUGAUAAACAGCCGCAGGGAAAGAUCUCCAGGGGGAACACGAAUACGACAACUGGGGCCAAAACUACAAGUAGAAAUUCCGCCGCGAUGAACAAUCUGAAAUCGAAGGACUCCUCCCAAAAUGAGCCUAUCAGCGGCUACCAGGACAUCAUUGCUGACGAUGAUGACAUGCUGGAUUUGGCUUUGAUCAGCCGCGGGGAAACCAUCGGUAGUAGUUCCAGAAACGACGGAUCGAGGGGAACCGACGUGGACGGUUAUGAUAGGAAAAAGCGUUAACGUUAAACGGAAUCUAUGACGCAAUAAGGCACGCAGUAUAGAAUUUAUCUUGCAUUUAUAGCAUUCGGAGUUGUAGUACGCAAAAUUUGUCAUGCAUGACUGGCAUCCGUGACAACCGUUACCGCUAACACUUUUUGGGUUUAUAAAGGUGGUGGGGAAAACACGUCCGCUGACAUUCUUCUAUCCGACAUUCUCACCCGAUAUGCACUGCAAAUAUGUCUGGGUCUGGAAACUUGUAAUGCUAAAAAGGAAUGAUAGACGCACUGCAAUACGCAGCUACGCAUGACAAUUUUUUUGGCUGCCAUGUCUUACGUAUUUCGCAUGGCAAACUGCGUUCUUGCGUGACAGGUAAGAGUCCCUUUUCGUGCCUAUGCAACACAGACUCUCGAGUCAUGCCAGACAAGCAUGACAAACGUGCAUUGCUCCCGACCACCCAGACAUAUUUGCAUUUGAUACCCGAGCUACGGGUGACCUCCUCGCAAACGAGCCCCAGUACAAGGAAAACUUGGAUAUGAGAGUGCACAACUCCCCCUCCCCCUCAUUUGUAUGGCAUGAACAGCAACACAAACACUAGCACACGUGGAGGCUGAGCAUUACAAGCUCCUGCGGCGACUGUAGUACUGUUUGGGCUUUCAUAAUUUGUCAUGCAAACAGCGCUACGAGGCAGCAGCUGGAUUUGGAAUUAUGCAUGACAAAUGAGGGGGAGGGGGAGUUGUGCAUUGUCAUAUUGGAGAAGAACUACGCAAAAGUGUCGAGGGACAAGCUGAAAAUGGUGGACUUCCGGAUCGACGACGAGGUGAAGGAUUUGAUUGGAAACGUCAAAAAAACGCCGACGAGCAAAGCGGGUACAAAUUUCGAGAGGAAACACUCGAGUUUACGGGUGCUCGGCGUGGAGCCGAUCAGAAAAUAUGAUGAGAUGAUCCAGUCGGUCCGGAAAUCACACGUGUGGUAAGCACAAGCAGGAGUAUCUUGUUUCUGUUUUUCAUGUACGAGGCCGUAGUAGUUCUGUUGGUCCCUAUGAUUCCUUUUUGAUGUAAUUGUUUUACUUACCAUGCAUUGCUGUACACGCAUUGAACAUUUUUAGGUUUACCUUUACUGGAAACUAGUUGGCUCACUUUCGACGCAUGUGAAGAUGCAGAACUUUUUCUACGGAUGAAAUUGUCUCUGCAUUGUCCAUGUAUUUUUGGCGUUUUAUCUCUUGUUACUUCUUCGAGACAAUUUCUGUCUCUGCUACUUUUUCAAGUAUACCAUAGAUGUAGUCCUCGCGAAUUCAUGACUAUGACUUAUUUGUAUACAUUUUUCUGUACUACCGUAUUUUUAUGAUUAUGACGACAAAAAUCUAUAAGCGACGAUCCUAUAUGGGUGAAGACCCUGAGGAUCUCUUCCUCUUCUAAUUUUUGAUCAUCCACUUCAUGCACCUAACACCUGCUACAAGUAACAGGACCACGAGGAGCUGGCCUGCUCUUGUAGAUCGUGUGUGGUGCAGCAUAUAUCAGAUUUGUUCUGUGGCAUUCAUCAAAGGCUUUGCUGGAUAGCGUUGCGGCUGGUGCUGACCAUACCAUUAUGACUGAAUCCUGACGAGAAGCAAAACUUCAGUGCGCAGCAGACAGGACACGGUUUCAAUCUGAUACAAAGUUGAUUUUUGUCGCAAUU